AUGCCUGUGACAAAUUUUAACGAUCAAAGAGCUGGUACUACUCUCAAACCAAAUGUUUCCCUUCAUCAUCCAGGAAUAAGGCCUCAACAUCUAGGUUUAAGACAACUACGUCCAGGUUUAAGAACACAACUACUUGAAAAAGCCCAUUCUAGAGCUUAUCCUGAAGAACCUACAAUAUAUGCCUCAUCAGAAAGAAUAACAACUUCAUCAACUGUAACAACAACUGCCAAAGAGAAAGUAAACGUCCCAGACAAACAGUUUGCACACAAAAUGGUGUCGUCAGAUGCCACAUUGGUAGAAGCAAGAGAAAACAUAAGAAAAAUGAUUAAUGUGAUUGGCAUGGACAGGGUUAUAUCAAGCAUUCAAGCAGAGAGAAUUAAACAAGUUUUCGAUAUCUGUAACAAUGAAAGUUUUUUGUCUAAUUCUUUAUAUAAAAAGUACAAUGCCAAGUAUUAUUAUUCAAAACAAUACAAUGUUUCAUACUGUAAAGUGCCAAAAGCAGGAUCUACAUUCUGGACUCAAGCGUUUGAAAUUCUUAAGAAUGGUAAGCAGGGAGAUGAUAUAUUCAAAUUAGAGAGGAAAAAUGUUCAUCAGCAGACAUCACCACUUAAAGUCCGCUUCAAAAGCAAAAGGCGGAAACAGUCACGAUCAGUUUUAGUUUCUCGAGACCAAUUUUUAGACUUUAUCAUUGCAAAUGCAAAAGAGGGAAAGACGCUAGAUAGACACUGGACACCAAUCUUUAAUCUCUGUCGUCCGUGCGAGGUAAACGCUCAUAUACUUGUAAAACAAGAAAGCUUCUCCGCUGAUGUUGAAUAUACGUUGCGAGCGUUUGGGGUUGAUGAUGAAAAGUUGGAUAUGAUAUUGCCCGCACUUCACGAAAAAAGAAUAGAAGAUACAGUUCCUGGCAUAAUUGACACGUUGUAUGAUAAAGUUAAAAGAAGUUGUAUAGAUACUUACAGCAUUACUAAAAGAUUAUGGAAGUCCUUACGAAUUCAAGGGUUUCUAAAGGAUGAGUUACCAUUUCCGGAUAAAGAAUUCGAGCAUAAAUUGUUAAGAAGCCAAACCGUCAAAGAUGUUGUAAUGGACUAUACAAACUAUACAAGUAGAUAUCCUACGACGUUACUAGAACGAAAAUAUCAACGACAUAAAGCUCUGGUUGAAGGUUACGCAAAUAUCAAAGAAGACACAAUAAAAGGAAUUCAAAAAUUAUAUGAGGUUGAUUUUAAAAAGUUUGGAUAUGAUAAUAAUCCACCGCAUAUGUAG